CGUACCUCAACAAUGUAUCCGAUUUAAUAAUUUGUAAAAAUGUAACAAAAUUUCAAUACAUCUACUUACUUCACAACCGUUUUAUGCAAUGCAUUAAUUCUAAACAUGCAAUAAGAAUCAGAUACUUUUACCAUGGAAUUUGUGGAUGGACAUAUAAUGACAGAAAAGCGCAAACCCAAAAUACCAAUAACAGCGUCAAACAUCCCAUCGAGCGACGCGGAGUCGCCCUGCUGCACCCGACUGUUGGAGCUAGCGGGUCAGGCGCAGGCGCUCGCCGGCAAGGCCCAGGGCCUCUUCUACGGCUGCUACAACGAGAGGAUACACGAAGUCCUCUGUACCUCCCUCGCCCGCGCGCUCAUCCUCCUCCAGAACAGCAGAGUACUCUGUACUAGCUGUAUGAAACACAUCUACGACUGUAUCUGUGAUACUGUGCAACUAAAGCGAUGAUUUUUU